GCGAUCUAUGUAAUUUACGUGACUUGUGAUACUCCUAGCAAUAUUUUACAUGUAAAUUAUCGAUCCAUUACAAACGAAUUUGGAAAGAAAGUUUAAGAAAAAAGAGUAUUUUGAUAAUUUUUGUUAAUUUUAGUAGAUUUCUUCUUGAAAUCGAUAUUAAAACAUUAAAUUUUACUUGAUAAUGAGCACAAGUAACCGACAAAGUGAAGAUGGACUCGCAGAAAGUACAAGAAAAGCAAAACAACGAGCCUCAAUUCGAUGGUUGCUGUCAAAAGCAUUCAACAAUCGAGUGCCAGAUCAACUGCGAGAGCCAUUCUAUACAGAUCAUGACGGGAAUCAACACUUGAAGCCACAGAUCGUCGUUGGAUUAGGAAAUGCAUCAAUCUAUUGUCAAGUUUUAUCGAAUAUCUAUAGUGAUCCCAAUUAUCAAAGCCUAAAUCAUUGGUCAAUCCUGCAAACAUUAUGUCGUAAAGGAGUGCCAAUAUUGGAUGAACGAGUUGGUGAACCACCGCUAACCGAAACAGUUCUCAUUCAAACGAAUCCAAUAAGAAUCAAUGCUCAUAUGUCUGUGAUAGAAGCUUUGAUGAUACUCUACGCAAAGGAAGUGACAUCCGGUGAUCGUAUACACUCUGCAGUAUACAAAUUGACGUCAGGCUCGGUUUCGAGCGGAUUAAAUAGUGAACAAUUAUUAUUAUUAUGGGUGUCGCAUGUAAUGGCAUCGUUGAAGCGUAGGAUUGAUCAUGACUUGACCAUCAAUGAGCUAGUUGAUGAGAAAGGCAAGAAAUUAAGAACGCCCGACAUUCCUGCUCCAAUUCAAGACAUUACAAGUUUAUGCGAUGGCGUUUGCUUAGCUUAUUUAAUUGCAUUUUAUUGUCCAAAAAUUUUGCCAUGGUAUCAAAUACGAAUUAGCUAUUUACCGACUGUCGAGGACUCGCUCCAUAAUGUCUUGUUAAUCAAUAAUUUCUCCGAACGUCAUUUACCAUAUUCCGUCUUUCAUAUGAUGGCUGAGGAUGUCACAUAUAUGCGAGGAAAUAUGAAGCAAAAUCUUGUUGUCUUAUUAGCUGAUAUGUUUAACUUGUUUGAGAUUCAUCCAGCACCAUGUGUCGAUUAUCCGGAAUGUGAAAAAUCUACAGGAGAAAUAGCUACAAAUCAAAGUAAAACGAAUGAGCAUGGAAUUGCUCAUCGACGAGGAUUCACAACUCAAACGAUUCAGCCAAUUCCUGAUUUGAGGAGUGGAUAUAAUUCACCUCCGUCCUCGGCAGGCUCUACUUCAGGCAGACCGCCUUUUCAAGUUGUUCGAUCGCCUUCAUCGAAUAAUGUGUAUCGUCACCACACCCCACCAAAAGAAGUGUUUUAUGGCACGAGCAACAACAGCAACAACACAAAUUCGAGCAGUAAUAAUGGAAAUAUGGAGGCUGAUAGUGAAUUUGUCGUGCAUAGAUCAAAAGGCGUACCAACAUUGUCAACAAUGCAUGAUCCUUUGAUUCCCGCAAAAUUACGUCAGUCUAAAGAGAAAUCAAAUAAUGAUACGAAAGCUGAUGAGAGAGGCGAUAAGGCGGCUGGAAGACCAAGUAAUUGGGAUGAUCGAAAGACUAGCUAUGCUGGUCGAAGAUCGCGUAGAAAUUCAUUUAGUGAGGAUUCCCAAUUGACAAUUGAAAACUUUGGUGGCUCUCAAGAUCAAUUGAAUAUGAUUGGCACAUUUGAUCGUCGCUCACAAGAUCGGGAACGAAAGAUAUCAAAUACAAGUAUUGAGCCAACGCUUCCCGCACGAAGUUCAAUAGCUGAUGCUCGAGGAACUCUUGUUAUUGGCUAUGAAUCGGAUGGUGAGAAAGAAGAUAAAGAGUCUGAGAAGCCACAUUUGAAACGUCAAAAUAGCAAUACCUCAUCGAGUAAUAGUAGCGGUGUACAUCAUAUAGUGGAGGAGAAGAGAAAAAUGUCAUCAUUCGCUUCGCUCGCUCCGGCACCAACAACAACAUGGCAGCAGCAAAGUGUUAAUGCCCAUCAAAUGAACGAAAUGCGUGAUACAAAUCAACCAUUUGUAGACGAUUCAAAAUUGAGCUCCGUUCGACUUAAAUUGGAAGAGAAGAGACGACAUAUUGAAAAGGAAAAGCGUCGAUUGGAAUCCCAAAUGUCAAAACAAUUGCAAAAGGUUGGAAAAGCUGCAUUUUUGCAAGCCAUUAAUAAAAGGGAGAAAAGUAGUGAAGACGGUAAAACAGAAAGUGAUUUGGUGAUGGUAGAUUCUGUUGAGAAACCUGUAAGUCUACAGGACGUAACAAUGGAGCAACCUCAAUGGAGCAAAAAACUUCCAGAUUAUGAACACAAUAAUAAUAUUUCAUUGGAACAAUAUCAACAAAGUAUUGCAGUAAUGAAUUCAGACUUACAUGACAUUCAAGAGGACAUUCAAAAAUUAGCUGAACAACAAAAUCAGAUACAAGUUCAGACAAUGCAAGCACAGCAGCUCCUUCAAGCGCAGCAAAUAGCUAAUAUACUCACUCAACAGUAUGGAAGUCAACAGAACAUAACUGGAAUGUAUCAUCCUAUACAACAACAACAGUAUAACUCUACACCUCAAUUGCCAAUACAAAAACCUAUUCAUCAUCAGUAUAUAAACGAUCAAGGACAAUAUGUUAACCAAAAAAUUCAAAGCAGAGAGAAUUCUCGAAUUAUUGAAGAUCAAUAUUCAUCACCAUCACAAUAUUUAAAUCAUGAACAACAGAAGCAUAUUGCGAAAUAUGUACAGGAAACGAAUAAUUUUCGCGAUCAAUUUGAACCGCAGCAGCCACAAUUCUUUUUGCAUGGAGAAACUCCAUCAGCUCAAGUAGUCUCAACGCCUCCAUCUCAAGUUUCAACACCACCAGUUCCUGCGAGACGCACAUGGUCACAAAAAGCACCCCCAGAAAUGUCAACUUGGUCACAACAGCAACAAAUUCAACAGCAACAACAGUCUCAACAAAUAAAUAUGAAUAAAUAUGACACAUGGAAAUCUCCUUCGAAUCAACAGCAACAGACUCAGCCACAGAUUCAGAUUCAACAACAAUUACAACAAACGCCUCCACAACAGCCAGUAAAAUCACAAAAUAGUGGUUUCGUUCUUCAUAAGCAAAAUGGUCGAGAAUCGGAAGCACAACGACUAUUUCCAGUUGUUCAUGCAACUCCACCUAAACCAAAUCAAUCACGAAUUCCAGACGAAAUGAUGAUGGCACCGCAAAGUAUUUCAUUUCUUGGUGAUGAAGAGGAUAUCGAUGAAGGUGACAAUUAUCAGAGUCCAAUUCCAAGAAAUAACGGUUCUUCCAUAAAGAAAUCAUUUGAUAAAAUUGACGAAUUUGAAGCUUCAUUUGGUAAACUCAACAUAACGAGUGGCUCACGUACUUAUAGAAUUCCAUCACCAACAACAAGACAAGGAAUUGCCGAUAGUAGUUAUAAAUCAAUAGAAUCUCAAAAUGAGAAUGAGAAUGAAAAAGGCUUUUAUAUUAGUUUCGAUAAUGAUAAACAGCCAAAACGUCCAAAACCGCCAUUACGUACUAAGAAAUCACCUAAAAAGUCUUCGGAAGAUUAUGACAAUUCAGACAAUUUUGUAGAUACUCAGGAAAUUGUUAGUAAAAAAGUAUUCGAUUUGCACCACACUGAAAAGAAGCCCACAAUGGAAUCGAUCAAAUCCAACAAUAAUAAUUAUUCUAUUCAUGAACAACAGUCUUAUCAACCUCGAAUAUCCACACCUAAAGAGCAUCAAGCUAUCGUCAUCGCUGAUGAUAAGAACUUCGAUAUGUCUGUUGAUGAAAUGGAACGUAAGAAAGAGAAAAUAAUGUUGUUAUCACUACAACGUCGACAGCAGCAAGAAGAAGCCAAGGCACGAAAAGAGAUUGAAGCGAUGCAGCGCAGAGAAAGGGAACAGGAGAAAGAAGAUGAAAAAUCACGCAAGAAAGAUGAGCAGAUGGCACGAAGAGCUCAAAUUCUUGAACAGCAUCGAUUAAAGAAAGCGAUAGAGGAAGCUGAACGAGAGGGGAAAACAUUAGAUAGACACACAACCGAAAUGUUGAUGAAGCAACAGCAACAUCAACAAAGUAUGGCAGCGCCACAGCCAAAAAUGAGAAUGAAUAAGCCUCAAAGACCUCGUCCAAAGACGAUUCAUGUUGACACUAAUACUUCGCUUGAUAUAAGUGGCUCUGGAAAGAAAGGAUCGAAUUCUAAUUUGACUGGCAUCGGUCUAUCAAAUACAAUACGUCGCGAUUAUUAUCGUGGCAGUCAAGACUCAUUGUCAAUCAAAGAAUCACCCGACGAAUAUCCUUCAUGCAGCACAACUUCUACGCCUUUAAGUAAUGUAGGACGACGUAGUUCGUAUAAUAAAUAUGGAAAAGGUAUGGUUAAAGAUCCUCCAAAUCAAGGAAUUGAACGUGGCCGAACCUUGACUCGUAUUUCGUCAAUUUCAAAAUAUGGUGGUGCUGCACAAGCAGGUGCCAAUUUCCGUGGAAGAAAGUCCAACUCUUUGAUGAAUUUAUGUGGCGACUCGGAUUCUGGACUUGGAAGAACCACACCGCCAAGAAGAAGAGCUGCAUCGCCAGGCAUGGGUUCAGGCUCAUCAAGUCGUCAUUUACCAUCUCCUUCGGGUCCAGGAUCAUUGCCACAUCCAAGCUUAAUGUCAAAACGUCGUGUAAUUGGUUAUGAUGAUGGUGCUAGUGACAUUAGUUCAACGCAAAGUUCUAUUUUUGGUGAUUAUAAUGGACCUCGCUUGUAUAAGCAACCAGCUGCAAAAUCAAAUCGUGGAAUUUUAUUAAAUGCUGUAGAAUAUUGUGUAUUUCCUGGAGUUGUAAAUCGUGAUGCUAAGCAAAAAGUAUUGGAAAAGAUAGCCCGAAGUGAGGCUAAACAUUUCUUAGUUCUAUUUAGGGAUGCUGGUUGCCAGUUUAGAGCUUUAUAUAGUUAUGACCCAGAAACUGAGGCAGUGAUUAAAUUGUACGGAACUGGACCUUCGAACGUUUACGACGUUAUGUUUGAUAAAUUCUUUAAAUACAAUUCCGGCGGAAAAUGCUUCGCACAAGUCCACACGAAACAUUUGACAGUGACAUGCGAUGCUUUCACAAUCCAUAACUCGUUGUGGCAAGGAAAGAAAGCUUCAAAUUUGCCUAGCAAAAGAGACAUGGCACUCGUCAUAUAAGCUGCCAGUACACUAAUCAUUCAAUAAUAUGUUUUUAUUAUUAUUAAAAAUUAUUAUUUUAUUUUAAAAAUUGACACAAUACUUGAUAAUGAAGAGAUUAAUCAGACACUAAAAAAAUCAACAAAGAAAAAUCCUAUUAAUAGACAAAUUAACAAUGGUAUUAUUGCAUUGUGAAUUUAUAUGAAAAACUUGAGAAUUUUCCUCUCAUAUUAAACACAUUCUUAUUAAUAAUCCACCAUUUAUGAUUAUUAUUUCCUGUUUUUCCUUUUCCAAAACCGAACCCCUUACUCAUGAAUCCUAAAAACAGAAGAUUUUUAUACGAAUAUUAAUGAAUGUUUCUUUUUGUAUUCUGAACAACUGAAAGGAAAAGACAAUUUAAAGUCAUUAAAAUAUAACGUUUAGCUAUUAAAAAACUAAUUUAAAAAAGAAUUGAUCAAAAUGCAUCAUAACUUAGUUAAUAAACAAAUUAUUUUAUUAUAUUAUAUUUAAUUUUUGUUAUGAGAAGAAAGAACUAUUAAAACUGAAUAUUGCUAAUUUUCUUUUGUAUAAAAUGCAGCACAUUGACGACAUAUUAAUAAUGAUAAUGAUAAUAUCUAUCCAUCCUUAAACAAGUCGUUCCAAAUUUUAUAACACAAUAACUUGUCAAAUUUAUAGGCCUCUAAAACCUUAUUAAAAUCUAUUCUAAAAAAAUAAAAAAAAAGUGAAAGUGAAAAAUUUUCUAUGUAGAGUCAUAGAUACUUUUUUUCUUCUUCUUUAUUUCCUUUACAUAAAUCCAUUUUUGAUUGAUUUAGAUAGCUAACAUUCCUUUUGAUUCGUUUUUUGAAAAAAAAAAAGAAGAUAUAAAAUUUUAUGAGAAUUGUAAAAGUUUUUGGACGUUUAUCAUUGAAGGAUGCUGGAAAAAAUAUUUUAAGCGAAGUAAAGGAAGAUGAAAGAAAAUUUGGAAAUUGUUAUUGAAAUUUUUCAAAAUAAAAUAAACUGAUAACAUAGUAA